CCUAUUAUAUGGUCAGAAAGGCCCUUUGCAAAAUGAUUGUUACUGUUACGAGCAUAAUCUGUUAUUUGCUUCUGGAAUCAAUUUUGUGUGACACCAAAGUAUUGUUUCAUGUCUUGCCACUAUAAUAGUCUUGGCAUAGCACUGGAACUCAGGAGUCUUUGAGCCACAACUUCAUGAACAUAACUUCCUUUCAUUCAACCAUUGGCCAAGGCAAAGGUCUAGAUUUGGAGUGAAGGUGCCAGGCACUGUUUUGCCAAAAUGAUCUCUGGGGCUGGCUAUUUUGAAGAUUCCCACGAUCAAAGACUCAUGGCAGGAGCUUUGAUCCAUGACUCAAAUCAAGCUCCUGCAAGUGGUGAAAACACAAGCAUUGAUCUCCAAAAGUUCAAAGUGCACUCAUACUCCACCGAAGCACUCUCCAAUACAACUAAUCUGGCUGAGGCUGCAAGAGCAAUUAACCACCUUCAGCAUCAACUGGAAAUUGAUUUGGAGCAAGAGGUUUCCCCGGUAGAAACUGCAAACUGGGAUCCAUCUAUCUGCACUAUCCCAGAUAAUAUCAUCAACCAGUUUAGCGGAGGUCCACAAAACAUAUUGGUGGAGCAACAGAUCCAGCAGUAUGACUCUGCACUUUAUCCAAAUGGUGUUUACACACCUGCACCAGAUCUCCUUAAUCUUAUGCAGUGCACAAUGGCUCCAGCAUUCCCUGCAACGACACCCGUAUUCGGUGAUACAACACUGAAUGGUACUAACUAUUUGGAUCUUAACGGUGAACUUACAGGAAUGGCAGCAGUUCCAGACAGUGGGAGUGAGUUGAUGUUUGCUAGUGACUCAGCUCUCCAGUUAGGGUAUCAUGGUACUCAAUCUCAUCUAAUAAAGGACAUCUGCCAUUCACUGCCCCAAAAUUAUGGGCUGUUUCCCAGUGAGGAUGAAAGAGAUGUGAUUAUUGGUGUUGGAAGUGUAGGAGGAGAUCUUUUUCAGGAUAUAGAUGACAGGCAGUUUGACAGUGUACUGGAAUGCAGGAGAGGGAAGGGCGAGUACGGAAAGGUCAAGGGAAAAGCUAAUUUUGCAACUGAGAGAGAGAGGCGGGAGCAGCUAAAUGUGAAGUUCAGGACUUUAAGAAUGCUCUUCCCAAAUCCUACCAAGAAUGACAGGGCCUCAAUAGUUGGUGAUGCCAUUGAGUACAUAGAUGAGCUCAAUCGAACGGUGAAGGAGCUGAAGAUCCUGGUGGAACAGAAGAGGCAUGGAAAUAACAGGAGAAAGAUGGUAAAGUUGGAUCAAGAGGCAGCUGGUGAUGGCGAGAGCUCAUCAACGAAGACACUGAGGGAUGAUCUAGACAAUCAGCUCCAUGGAGCCAUAAGGAGCUCAUGGGUUCAGAGAAGAUCAAAGGAAUGCCAUGUUGAUGUCCGCAUAGUGGAUGAUGAAGUAAACAUCAAGCUCACUGAAAAGAAGAAAACCAACUCUCUGCUUCAUGCAGCAAAAGUACUAGAUGAGUUCCAGCUUGAGCUCAUCCAUGUAGUCGGUGGGAUUAUAGGUGAUCACCAUAUAUUCAUGUUCAACACUAAGGUAUCGGAAGGUUCUGCUGUUUAUGCAUGUGCAGUAGCUAAGAGGCUCCUUCAAGCAGUGGAGAUGCAACACCAGGCCAUUGACAUAUUCAACUAAUCUUUAGCAAAAGUACUGAUCAUUCAAGUAAUGUCCUAUAAUGUUUUUCUUUUCAGUUAUGUUGCUGAGAAAACUUAUUUGACCCGGGUUCAGGAGAAUUUAUCUUUAGCAUUAGCUACCUAGAAAAGCUUCUUAGCAAUUUAGCCAUGUCUCUACUUUUCUUCCUGCUGUCCGGUUGUAUCCCUUAACUAGCCUGACUAGAAAUGCUUCGAUGCUUUUAUCUUGUGUAUUUGUCUCAA